AUGUCCCGCCACGCCGCCGCCGCCGACAAAGGACGCGUGUGUCGGACGUCCACGCACGCGGCGCCGGGACGCGAACGCGGACACGGCGCAGAGGUGGAGGAGGAGGAGGAGGACGCCGGCGCGGCCCCCCCACGCACGCGCGCACGCCGCCGUACGACACAUGUACGCACGCACGCACGCGCACACCGCCGCCGCCGACGACGACGCCGACGCCCACGUCACACCCCCGACGCCGCCACUAUAAAAAGGGCGCCCACCCCCCAUGUCACGCCCGUCGCUUCUUUCCCUCCUUCCACCACCAUGCCUCUGGCAAAGCGGGCGAGAAGGAGUGACGAGGAAGUCUACGACCAACGAAUCGCUGAUGCCCGACAAGAUCCUGCGCGUCUUCAAGCGUUGACAAGACCACUUGCUGGGACGGUACACAAUCGCAAGCUCUCUCCCGCGGGCGAGUACAUUCACGAACGCGUCGCCAAAUUGUGGAAACUCUUUCUUCAAAAACGCAUUAGUGGGCCAGAGGGUUGGGCGCAGGAGAUUGUCCAAGGGUCGGCAAUCCCUACUGACGACAUAUUCAAGGAAUUUAUUCGGUUCCUCAGCGUCGUCAUCGUUGGCCGACUGGCCGAGUUCGCAACCAAGAAGACGAUCAAGAGCUAUCUGUACAUUUUCUUCGCUCUGUGGAAACGCAAAACAUUCGAGUUGUUGCCCAAAAUCUUGCGCACCAAAGCCAUUGACUUCAUCUCCCAUCCCGAAUUCACCUCGGCCAUCCGACUCUCAACCGCUGCUCGCGCCAAAGAGCAUGGCGACGUAAUCGACCUUGUCAUCAUUCUCAAAGCCCUCUUCACCGACACAACCUGCUGUCGAACACACCGCUUCCGCCUGAUGAUGAUGUAUCAGCUGGUGAUCAUCGCGCUGUCCUCCGAAAGACCCGGCGCCCUCGUUGAAUCCGCUCAAUACCGCGGCACUAAUCAAGCUUUGCUAUGGCGUGACCACGCAUUCUGGUUGAUUCCAAAUCCUGCCAGAGAGGAUCGCCCGCUCCUUGGUCUCCUCGUCACCUGUCGACUUCUCAAAGGUUUCCGCGAAAACGACAGCGUCAACAAGCAUUUCUUCAUCCUGCAAGAGCCCGACUCUCAUCGCAUGGUCGACGGCCUCAUGUACGCUCUCACGCUCGCUUUGGCCGACAAUAUCUUUCAAGAUGUAUCCUCCAUUGAAGAAAUACUUCGACCCAAGGUAUUCCCCACACGAGCGAUCCAAUUGCGAAUACGACACGACAAACUUGACCUGCCCGUUCUGCGCAAGGAGAUGAUCAUUGAUGGCAAGUGGUCCGUGGACCACACAUUCGCUGUCCCCUACUCUUGGGUGGCAGGUCGCCUCAAGCGUAUCACUUUGCGAGCUGGUUUCCAAACAAAUGUCACUUUUUACAGCUUUAGACGCGGGACGGCUAAUCGAAUAGACGCUGAGGUCUCUGAGGAAGAGCGACGAAUGCUGAUGGGUCAUGCAUCUGGUUCCGACCAAUUCUUUUCUUCCUAUAAAUCUCGAAUCUCGACUGUGGACCUCGGCAACGUGCUCGUGGGGCGUAACGAGGUUGACGAUGGGCAUGUCCUGAUAAUGAAGACUGUUACUGGACUGGCACGCGGAUUGGAUCCGAAGGCCCCACUGAAACUUACCGCCGCCGAGUCCACAGCAUUAGAGUCGGAGCCCGAGCUCGUCGAGCUUCGUGCCAAGAAGCAAGCGGCCCUUGACCUGGCGGCUGAAGAACGCAAAAAGCUUGCGCAAAUAGACGACGAUGACGAAGAUGAGCACCAACGACAGUCAAAUGUCGUGGCCGACGCCCUCCAAGUGGCAAGAGUGCAUGGCCGGAAGCACCAUGCGUUGGUAUCCACCGAGACUGAACUCCGCUUGACUGAAAAGCGUCGUCUUUUUUUCGAAGAGGCGCCGUUCCGGGAGCUCAACGGAAUUGAUGUUCCUCAACGACCACCAAUGGCCGCUAUCCCCACCAACACACCGAGCAAACGAAUAGCCGGCCACGUCGCAGUAACCUCCGGAAAAGAGAACGUGAUCGGACUCCGUCGUCGCUUGCCUCGCCUUGGGUCCGCCAUCGAUGAAGUUUUGGCCAUCAUCACCAACUUCAUCGUGGAUAACGACGACCAGGCUACUCAUCUCGUCGAGUCCGUCAAUGGCUUGCUCAGCCUUCCUGCACAACCCUCCCCACUUUGUUAUCCUGGCGAGGGACCGACUCCAGAAGGCCAUUGUCCAUUUUGCGACAUUGAGAUUUCCUCUAAAACCCAUGCCUUUGAUGGCGCAAAUAUGGCCACGCAUAUUCACAAGUGCAUGCUCAACGACGUUCAACUCAAAGCGACUCAACAGCUUAGCGUGGACUUUAUCCCGCAAAGCUGCCGAUGGAAGCCGUGUCGCCAAAGAGAAACGAUCUGGACCUCUCGAGACGAUUUUGCUAGGCAUGUCUUUGGUCAUGUCCAAACUGCCAAGAAUGCUGGGUGGUCCAGCGGCGGCAAGGCUCUCUGUCGCUGGCUCGAGGACGACAGUGACGUCGAGAUUUGCGGGGAAACUGAGUGCGAUGAGGAACACUUUGGCUGCGUUCAUGGGCUCAAUGUCUGGCCCAAGGUGCGCGUCGUCUAUGACGUCAUCACGUCUGAAACCUUUGUCGAUCUCGACGGCAAUGGCGAUGAAUACCGUGACCAGUGCCUUGAGCACUACGCUCGUUUGUUUGAGCCGUUUGCAACACGUGGCGACAUCGAAGUUGACUUCAGUACACCGGGAGUGACGUUCACCGACGAGGCGACCAACUGCAUAACCUUCGAUAAUGGGGAAGGUUUGGGAGGCGAGAGGCCAGAGUUUCAUGGCCAUAUCGAGCUCCUUGUCGCCCUAUCCCCCUGCUUCUGCCCCUUCUGCGUGUUCGAUGGGGACAUGGAUAUCGUAAAGAGAAUGGCUCAAUUCAUUACCAACAACGCCUUUCAACUCCACCUCCACCUCCAUCUCGCCCACGUUGUCGCAAUGAAACAGCCCAGGACAUGUCCAGUUCCUUCUUGCGGUCCAACGAUGUUUGAUGCUUUCGACCUACUCACACAUAUGGUCGUAUUCCAUCGCGUUCCGAUCUGCGGGUCUACGAAACAUAUCCGACGCCGCCAGCUUCGACUUCCGAAGCGCGAGGAUAUGCUGACCCCGAUGGAAGAGGACGACGAAGAGGUUGGGGCAGAGAACCAACAAGAGUCGCAGAAGCCGGCGAGGAAGCGCUCGAGGAUGGUGAUUUAUGACUCGUCUGACGACGAAGAACCCGAACAAACAACCGCGCCUGUCUUUGACCAGCAAGAGGGCACAAGUGCGGCUGCUGGCAAGCGCAAGCGCGAUGACGAGGAUGACUACGAAAAUGAGGAGGAUGAAGAAGAAGAACAAGUGCGCCCCCGUAGGAAGCACGUGAAGCGCACAAACCGCGCCGCCGACAAAACCCACUACUGCACCGCCCACCGCCUCCAAUUCGUUGAUAUCCGCAACCACAUCCCAGCCUGUUGCACGUCAACGACUUUCCGUAUCCGAGACAAGGAUGUGUCGAGGACAAAAUGGGGGCCGACUGUCGUCCUCGCCGACUGGCUCCGGACAGCGCCAUCGGAGAUUCUUGUGGAACCUACCGAAGCUCAAGGCGCGCGCAAGCAGUCGGUUAGCGUCAAGAGUACCAAGGAACUCCGCAAAUACAAGUGUGAUGGGUGCAAGCGCGAGUAUGCCUCGAUCGCCGACCACUUCAAGAAGAUUCGCUCAGACAAGUCUAAGUGCAGCAAGCGUAGGUUCCGGAAACGGCAAGCAGAUGGGAAAUUCGGAGCGGUGAGUAUUCUGGCUGCGUCGAGCUCGACGUAG